AAAAAUUGGGACCAGAAAGAUAUUUCAACACCAAAAAUCCACAUGUACAUAUCAUUCAACUCAACAUUCUUGAAAUACUAGUUUUUUGAGUGUUCAAAAAUCAAAACCCCCAUAUCCACUUCACCCAGAAAUGUUGCAGACCAAAUCCUUCCUCUCAUCCAAUUACCACUUCCCUCUCUCUUUUCCUCCCAAACCCACUACUUCUUUCACUCCACUCCCCAAUUUCCAACACAAACCCAAUGCCACGCGCCAUUCACGCGCCGCCACAAAAUCCCACGCGCCGUCGUCACCACAGUCAUUGCUGGCCGGGGAACCAGACGCGCCACCUGAGGAGGGACCCAUUGAGCUCCCUUCUUUCAUAACGGAUACCACGCGCCGCUCACGCGCCUCCACUACAUCACACGCGCCGCCGUCACCACAGUCAUUGGUGGCCGAGGCACCAGACGCGCCACCGGAGGAAGGACCCAUUGAGCUGCCUUCAUCAAUAACUGAUAUAUUUGCCACUUCUGAUGAUCCUUCUACACUUCAAACUGCCACUAGUCUACUACUCACCGGAGCUAUAUCGGUUUUUCUCUUUCGUUCCCUUCGCCGCCGCGCUAAACGUGCUAAAGAACUGAAACUUAGGUCAACAGGAGCGAAGAAAACGUUGAAGGAGGAAGCAGUGGAGAGUUUGAAAGCUAUUACGCCAACACCAAUCGAUACCAAGGCUCCACCUUCACCUGCUUCGGCACUCUUGGGAGGUUUAACCGCGGGUGUUAUUGCACUUCUCCUUUACAAGUUCACUACCACAGUCGAAGCUUCUCUUAACCGCCAGACGCUUUCAGAUAGUUUCUCGGUUCGCCAGAUAACAAUAACAAUUAGAACUAUUAUAAAUGGAAUAUGCUACCUCGCAACAUUUAUCUUUGGCAUCAACUCUGUCGGUUUGUUCCUUUAUUCUGGUCAACUUGCCUUGAACUCUAUCACGGGAGAUUCUGUUAGUGGAGAAAUUUCAAAGGAUUCAACACCAGCACGACCUGUAGAUAGCAAAGAAGGGAACAGCGACGAUGGGAAUAAAACUUCUGAGGAUACAAAAUAGUGGAAAAAUGUGACUUAGAAAUGAAGACCAGCCAGACAGCGGUAGUAGCAGAUACUAGCCAGUUUAUGUGCAAGGUUCCUGUAGGUGCACGCGGCAGCUCGGAUCAGGCUAUAUUAAGGCCAGCAUUGCAAACUCAGAGGUGUUAGAUUGGUAAGGCCGAAGACUAUUUGUUGGAUCUUUGAUAGUGAAAUGUAAUGCAGCAAGUGACGAUGUUCCUCCUUUAGGUGAAGUCAAAUGAUUGAACCACUACAUACAUCCUGAAUCAAUUGAUGAAGUUAUAUUGCAACGUAUAAACGACAAACACAAUUCAUUUCCAACAAAAUAGGAAUAUUAAGCAGUAGAUAGAGAAGUUCAAUGAUCUUGUAUGUUGUACACUUGUAAAUUCUUCUAGUUGCAAUGCUUGUGAAGUUCUCUUUUUUUA